AUGUUGGCUCCUAAUGGGGGACAGGUUACUAUUAACUGCACAUAUAUAACAUCGAGCAGCGAACCAUAUCUCCAUUGGUAUAUCCAACAACCCGGAAAGAGACCUCGCAAUGUUAUAGUAAGACAUGCAUACAGUGCAUAUGUGGAGGAGCCUGGUACACGGUAUGCAUCCAAACUGGAUAAAGAGACCAAAUCUACCUACCUGAAGAUUUCUGAUGUCACAGUGUCUGACUCUGGGCUGUAUUAUUGUGCUCUGAGUGCCACAGUGUCUGUGUCUGCAGACUGCACUGUACAAGAAGCUCUAACUCUGUCCAAGGUGCUGAAAUAAGGCUGGUGUUGCUGCUUGUCUGCUAAGCAUACUUAUAGGAAUUGUCUCAGGUGUAGAUUUGUCAAAGUUAUAAUUUAUAAAAAUCAAACACAAAGUGCUCAAAGCAAAGGGUUUAUAUUAUUAUAUGUAGGUUUUGCAUGCAUUUUCUAAAUGCUUUGUAAUAAUAAAGCCCAGAACAAUCAACUAAUAUUUACAGUUUAAAACUGUUUCAUCAAUUACAUAUUUUGCAAGAAGGCAACCUACCCUUACAUUCCAGCCUACCUGAUGCUCUGAAAGUGUGUGAUAGACCCGUAGACUUUUGAUAAAGUUACCUAAAUUACAGCCUAUAAUCAAAUGUAUUGUAAAGUAUUUCACAUAAUAUGUACCAUCCACUUAUUUUGAGAGCCAAAAGUAAGAGGAAUAUGUAAACAAUUAGCAAAAUGGAGGGAUCCAAAAAAUGUCUAUAAGUGACACUUAAAUGAUAAUAAACAUAAGCUAUGCAACUAGAAUCACCAAACAAUAUAGAAAAAUACAACCUGUUAAUUGUUUUAAACACGAGUAAUACACUAAAAACUCUGAAUCCAAUGAGACUAUCUACCGAAGAAAACAAAAACUAGACAUAGUGUUAUACAGUACAGAAAUAUUGUGCAAAGGGAAAUAAAGGGAAGAAGGGAAGGUAGGAGAGAUAUCACAAAAUGAGAAAUAAUUCCAGGCUCACCUCACCAACAGGGGUAUAUCGGUAGUGAGCGAUCUUCACUUUUUUCACCCUAGAUAUGUGGGGCAAACAGAGACAGUCAGAUAGUGCAAUAUUAAAGACACAUCUUAACAAGAGAAUUAUAAAAUGCAGGAAUAAAUUAGCAUAUCUCCACUAUAAUAUAUGGAAGGAACAGGUCAUACUACCUUGUAGAGACUUCUUCCCAAAACAAAGUUAUAACAAAGUUGAAUUUCUCAUAUUUACAUAGAAUAUAUAUAUAUAUAUAUAUAUAUAUAUAUAUAUAUAUAUAUAUAUAUAUUUAUAUAUAUAAUUAAAGGGAUGUAAAAUUUAUAUUAGACAUGUUCAUUCAUUUUUGUAUAAAUCAAAAAAAAAUUACCAACAUUUUGGUUUUAAGUUCAAUAAAUUUAUGAUCAAAAUUGAACUCUGAACAAAGUUAAUUUGUUAUUUAAUGGCAGGCUACUGCUCUUCUGGCUGUAUGAAUAAGUUUUAUAUAUAUAUAUAUAUAUAUAUAUAUAUAUAUAAAUAAAAGACAAAAAUCAGCACUCCCUGGUAGUUUUCUCUGGAACUUAUUUACUAAAAAAAAAAUGUUAUGUGUCCUGAUGAAAGCUCCGGCCGGGAGCUGAAACGUUGACAAACGUCUGGAUUCACCAAAAAUAAAUCGGAUGAACAAAGCCUAGAGUGCCGGUAUUUUUUUGAUAUUUCUAUAUUGCUGUGACUUGGCACCAGGUAUUUAAUACUUUUUUUUUUUUUGUAGGAGUGCAAGAGGUUGAUCUGUUUGGUAUCUAUAUAUAUAUAUAUAUAUAUAUAUAUAUAUACAUAUAUAUAUAUAUAUAUAUAUAUAUAUGACAAAAAUAAGCACUCCCAGGUAGUUUUCUCAGGAACUUCUUUACUAAAAAAAAAGUGUAACAGUCUGCGUUUCAGUUCCAUUCAGUUCCAUUCAGGAACGUUCAUCAUGACAACCACACGUGAUAUUCAACAAAACAAACGAUUAAAUAAGGCAAAAAAUCAAUUACUCACAGUUCAGCUGUAGGGUGGGCUGGCAUUCUGACUCCCAGGGCACAAGUCAGGAUGCUGAAUUCAGCUGUGUGCAAAUUCAGCCAUUGAGUAUGUAUCAAGUGAAGAAAUCUAUCUCCAUGGUAACCCGUGACAUGGAUCUACCGAUCAACGCUCCCGUUCUGUCAGCAAUCACUCUGAAUGUUUAGGCAUCUUGCAUCUCCUAGGAGAUAUCUGCACCCAUGUGAUGUCGGCUAACUUGCAGACUGCCGCUUGUGUAUCACAAGCCUGAAGCUGAACGCCUCCCACCCUCCGAGCAUCAGAAAGUCACUGUACGGGAGAUACUUAAACAUAUACAAUGUUACACUUGAUCAUAACAUAACUCAACACAUAUGAAACAGUAAAUUAAUAUCCGGAUGUUUAUCUAACUUGUACGCAUAAUUCACACCAAUAUUUGUGAAUCCUUCCAAAAGUACAGAAGAAUAUAUAUCAGACUCAUUCCCUGUCUGUAGCUCUCUUCGACUUUCACAUAAUAGAACUAUACAUAUAGUUCUAUUAUGUGAAAGUCGAAGAGAGCUACAGACAGGGAAUGAGUGAAUGCACAAGCUCUUGAGUAUUAUAUAUAUAUAUAUAUAUUUGUGGUCGUGGCAAUAUAGCCGUAUAUGGAAACAUAGCAUAUGAUAACAUAUCAAUAUUUGGAAUUAGUCGGUUGUGGUGUGCCGAAACCGACAGAGGAGUAGGCCUGUAAAAGUGGGCCCACCUUAGAGGGUGUUUGUAAUAGAGGGAGUGGUGGGUAGGUUGACUCGCCAGACCAUUACGGUAAUGUGGGAGUGGAUUGGCAGCCUUUUUAUAGGGAAACCAAGCCCCUCCCACAACUACAGGCCAAGCCUUUUAAUUUGUGGUCGUGGCAAUAUAGCCGUAUAUGGAAACAUAGCAUAUGAUAACAUAUCAAUAUUUGGAAUUAGUCGGUUGUGGUGUGCCGAAACCGACAGAGGAGUAGGCCUGUAAAAGUGGGCAAAAAUAAAUUAUCAUAAGAUGUAAUACGUUGACCAAAACUUUAUUUAGAUAAGUCACAGAAAGCUAGUCUUAAUUCUUUAACAGGAUUGGGUAUGUAAAGAGUAUAAGCGGAAGAUUUCCAGCGUCCCAUUGUUUUGAUGAUGUGCGGAGGAAUGUGGUUAGCAGAAGCUGUAGAUGCUGCUCCUAUUCGGAAAGAAUGACCCGAAAAUUGACUAGGGUUCAAGCCGAGUCUAGUCAACAGCAGUCUUACAUAGAGCAUAAACUUUACUGUACUUAGAACAUUACCGUGCAGUUCUAGCAAAGGUUGUAAUGGUUGUUUGUGGAGUGAUAAUAGAUAAUUGUCAAAAUUUUGUACAGGGCACCAUUUGUUAUGAGUAGGGUAUAAGGGGAUCGUAACGGUAUGACCUAUGGCGCUGGUUUUUGAGUGUUUUAGCGUGAGUAGGUAAUGGUCGUUCUGUUUCGCUAAGUCCAUAAUUCUUAGGUAAUCAGGGGACGUGAUAGUCCUAGUUGUGAAUUCGUUGGGACGGAGGAAUCCAUAAAAAGCAAGAUAUAUGGCUGAUUUUAUUACCGUGUUUGUCCUGGGCUCAAAAGGAGAGGAAUCUAACAAGUUUACUAGUGCAUGAAAUAUGUGGUUAUCAAUAGGUAGUCGUUUCUCGGGGAUAUGUGUAUCUAAUUUCUUAAUGCCUCUAAGAACUGUCUUGAUUUGAUAUGAGGACAGGAAACUCGUGGCGUUGGGUUGUUGAAUUAGCAUGUGGUGUUGAAUUCCCGUAAGGUAUAGUUUUAUAGUGUUAAAUGAUAGUUUAAGGUUGAUGUGGCAAAAAGAAGUGAAACCCAAUAUUGUUUCUAUCGUGAACAUAUCGUGAAUGUGAAAUUCAGUGAUGAAUUUUUUGAAUAUGUGAAAAGCUCUGUCGUAAGUGUUUCUAGUGUUUACAGAGAGUGCCAUGUGAGAAAUGUGACGUGCGUGAUUUAACAAAGCUUUUAAUCCAUUAUCAUGUCUGUGAAAAGUGGGACUGGAGUUGCCCGUCUGGAGGCGGUGGGUAGUGUCGUGAAGAAUUCCUGAAAACGAAAUCGAGACAAGUGAUCAGCACUGAUGUUUGUGCACCCUGGAACGUGAAUACAUGUUAGAAAGAAUUGACAAGUGGCUGCUAUCCAUGUGAGUCGUCUCAAUAGCCUCAUAAUUACCAGGGAUGAUGACCGGCCUUUAUUGACAAUAUGGCAAGUAGCCAUAUUAUCAGAAUAGCACCACACCGUGUGACCGGACCACUGGCGGCCCCAGGUAACGGCCGCAGCCACGAUGGGGUACAAUUUGAAUAAAGCUGAGGUCUCUGUGAAUUUUGUGAGUGAUUUGACCUCAGUUGGCCAUGGCCCCACGAGCCAUAGGUCACCCCAUAUGGCUGCAAACCCCGUGUUUGCUGCAGCGUCUGUCCAUAUUGUGGGUGAAGUGUCUGAGUGAGAUGGUAUAAACAUGGCACGCCCGUUCCAAGAAGUGAGGAAAAUCCUCCACAUGCUCAAAUCAGAUGUCGCAUGUUUGUCUAGUGAAAUGUAAGAUGUGUCUGAGGUGAAUUGUGGAAAUAGUGAUAGCAAAUGUGAAAUAAAUGAUCUCCCCUGGGGAAUGAUUCUCAUUGCAAAAUUAAGCGAUCCCAGCAAUGAUUGUAGGUCUUUCUUAGUGCAACGACCUUGCUGUAGGUAGUGGUCAAUACUUGCUAGGAUACGCUCAAUUUUCUCCUGAGGGAGGCUGGCCAGCAUGUGUACUGUGUCUAGUUGUAUUCCUAAAAAUUGCAUCUGGGUGGCGGGCCCCAGGGUCUUGUGUGGGGAGACUGGAACAGAAAGUGACUCAAAUAAUGCCAACAUGUGUUUUAAACUUGUGGGUGGACUUGUGUUGUUCUCAAUUGUGAGGAAGUCGUCUAAAUAGUUAAUCACAGAGGGACAUUGGUAAACAUUUAGCAACAACCAACAUAAAGCCUCUGCAAAUGUGUCGAAAAUACGUGAGACGAGUGAAGAAAUAGUAUAACCCUUCCCAUUUAAUGCCGUGAAGGUGCCAAAGUGUAGGGUGCAUAGGCAGUAGUUUGAAGGCAUUUACUACAUCCGUUUUGCUUAACCAUGCCCCUGUGCCAGCUUUAAUGAUAGCCCCGAUGGCAUGGUCGAUAGUGGCGUAAUGUAGUGAAAACUCUUCAGAUGGUAUCAGUGAAUUUAGGCUAGGGACCGUGGAGGAAUGUGGUGCGGAUAAAUCAAUGAUCAGCCUGGGUUUAAGUGAGUUUUUCCCCGUGACAAUCCCAAUGGGAUUGGUUCUCCAAGAAUUGAAGGGUGGUGAAAGGAAUGGACCCAGCAAAAAACCUUGUUUCACCUCGGUUGUGAUAAGUUUAAGUACCAGCUGUGGGUCAUCCCGUGUGGAAAGUAAGUUGUCACAUUCCAGUGUGCCUGUAGGUAAAUAUAUCAACCCUGUGUGAAAUCCCUCUGAUAAUCCUGUUAUGAGAUAGUCGCUGAAGUGUCGUGAUGGGUGUAGACGUAGCAAAUCGGUGAAUAAGCUGAGGUUCACGCAUGUGAGAUAGGGUUUUGGGAAAGCUUUAUUUGGGCACAUUGUCUUGGAAUGAGCCCUGAAACAAUGUGAACAAACAUGCAUUAGUCUACAGGAACUAAAACCACAAUUGCUGGCAUUAAAAUUGUUACAUACUUGGGAUUUCCCUAAGAAGACAAUAUCUCUUCCUAGUUUGUCUUUCAAACCUUUGUUUGAUCUUGGGGGGUAAGUUGCUGCUUGGUUUUGUUCUACCUCAGCUGUAUUAGGGCAGAAAUUUGUGCUGUGGGUUGCUGAUGAGCAUACUGCACAAGUUGGGGGCCUGAGGCCUGCAAAGUGCCUACAGAAUAGCUCAGUGUCCAACUUGCUCCAAUUGAUGUUUAAGUUGAACUGAGCCAGAGCUGCUGCCACUUUUGCAGAGAAGGACCGGUGGUAAUCGUAAAACGCUGUACCACCGUAUUUGUGUCCCAGAUCCACCAACUUGUGCAUGUACGUAUCCAGCUCGGCUCUUUUCCCUGGGUAUACAGUGCAAUAUACAUCCCUAUAGAUGCCAAACCCUAAUACAAAUUCUGGGAUGUUCAAUUUUUUGUUUAGGCGAGGGUCUCUAGCUCUAAGGACUACGGAAACAUCCCCACAAGCAAAGGUCCUGUUCUCAAGGACAUCCUGGGAGGCAAUGAGCAAUGAAGCUAGGUUAACGUCCUUGCCUUCCAGAAUGUCUUUUUUAAGGUGAGCUGGGACCAUGUGUGAAGGAUCAAUGGAUUCUAUGUCAGCCGUAGCUGCCAGGGUAUUACCGGGUAAGGUAUUAGCAAGAGGCUGGGUGGUGACCGUUGCAUUUGUGGACUGAGUAACACUACCGGCCUCCAAUUUGUCCAGCCUGUCACUGAUUGUCCCUAUGGAUGCCAUAAGGGACGUCAUCAUAGCAUGAAAUGCUGGCAUUUGCGAUCCGCUAGUGCCUUCCCCUGCAUCGGAGUUGUCAGUGGUAGUGUAUAAUAGCCUAUACAACUCCGCCUUCCUAGCUGUAGCCGGGAAAGGGAUGCAGCGUCUUCUUAGUUCAGCUGUAAGACGUGGUAUGGUCCAUGAUCUAAGGGAUGCAGGGCUAUUCACGUCUGUACCCGGAACAGGGGUGGCAGGCCUAGCGGGUGUGCUAGGUAGUGACAGUUCUUCAGGGAUAUCAGGCGUUAGUGACAUAACUGAAAUUAUAAAUAUAAACAGUCAGUCGUAUAAAAUGUAUUGUGGGUGGGUACUGGUGGGCUAGCUAAGUACCAAGCGGUGAAACAAUUAAACUUCUUUUGAGAGUGACAGAUGAGACCCUGCUAGUUGCCAAGCGGCUUGAGAGGCACUAUCUAUGCGUGGGCCCGAGGGGAAGAUUGAGGCCACCGAACGUUGUGGCGGGGUGUAGGCCUCUCGGUGUCAUUUAAAGCAUAAAAAAGAUUGGGAGUGACAGGUGAGGCCCUCUCUGUAUAUUGAUGCGAGGCGGCUAGCUAUGAUUUGGCCCGAGGGACGUAUUACCUCCGAGUGUGAGGUUAGGGAUGUUGGCCUCGCGGGACCACUAGCCUAUGGAUUAAGACCAGAAAUAUUUUAACUAAUUGGGCCACCUAACCUGGGACCAGUACCCCUCAAUAUUUAAGGGUAUAUUGGGUUCUGGCGUAGUACCUGAUAGUGAGUCAGGCUGAUCUCUCAAUGACGUAACUGUGAUAUUUGUCGGGUAGUUGACCUGUAGGUAUAAGAUGAUAAGUAAAUAUCUGGAAAGUGGGGUGGUAGUUAGGCCAGAUCGUGGACCAGAACCUACCCGAUAACUGCGGAGGAGAUAUAAUCAAAAGAAACCGGCUCCUUGCUUGUAAAAGCUACCGUUCCAAUGAUUAAACCUAGGAGAGUAAAUUAUAACAUUUUACCUAAAAUCAUAUGUUUAUAUGGUCAUUUAUAUGAAUCAUAUGACAAUGUUACCAACCUAUAAAGUAUAAUUGAUACCGAUCACUGGGUCCCCAAAUUUUAAUAUGAAUUCUGGUAAGGCAACCUGUUGGAAGAUGUCAGAAAUCAGGAUUGAAUUAAGUGUAGCAUAAUUUAAGAAAAAAAAAAAAUUUAAUUUUAAUUUGUAUUUAUUUUGGUGCUAUAUCAUUAUUGACCUGUAGGGGGCGAGAUUCCACCUAAGAAGUGGAUGCAGGAUCUUGUAUAAUUAGUGAGAAAUGCACGAAUUUGAGUCGAAUGUGAUGAUAGUAUAUAAUGACUAUUUUGUAUAGUAGAAAACCUAAGUAUCUAGCCGAAUGUAGCGUUCGUUUGAAAUCUAAAACAUGAAUUACAUAGCUUAGCGACGAAGUGUAUUUUGGCGAAAAUAACCGAAUGCGGUUGAAUGCGAAUGGGGCUCCGCCGUGUAAGCCGUAAAUGUGAAGCGGUUUGCUUUACGGCGGGCCCACUUACGUUUUUUUGGCGGCAGCAGUACCGGGGAAGCUGUGCAGUCGGCGGUGAUGGCGGAAAAGCGCCCUGGAGAGCCCGGAACCACUCAGGAGGGCACCGGACCAGGAGACCACGAGGAAACAGGUAAGAGGAAUCCAAAAUGGCGGUCUGAACCGGAAGUAACGUUUCAGACUCGCCAGACCAUUACGGUAAUGUGGGAGUGGAUUGGCAGCCUUUUUAUAGGGAAACCAAGCCCCUCCCACAACUACAGGCCAAGCCUUUUAAUAUAUAUAUAUAUACACACACACAUCUUUUUUUGUUAUUUUGCAAUAUUUUCAGUUUCUUUUGUAAUCAUUUCAACAUAUUUUUUUUACCGAACCGAAAAUCCCAAAUUAUCAACCAAACCAAAAUGAUCCAAAGCAAAAAUUAUUUCUAUGUACAUCUCCGGUUUAUAUACACAGAUAAUAAGGCAGACACAGAAAAAGAUAAAUAAAAAAGCAUAAAUAAAAUAAGAUUUGUAGAAAGAUGAAAGGUGCAACAUAUUCAUCCUCACCUUGCGGUAUCUGCGCUCAGCGGCCAUGCGUCAGUGGACCUGACUACUGCGGCUUGUUGGUGGACACCGGCUGCUGCGGAUCCAUGUCAGAUUGUGGCCCCACAAUUGCCCGAGGGUGUGAUCCUGAGUGUUUAUUUCUGGUUAUUGACUUUGGCUUAGUUUUGACUUCCCUGUAUUCUGGUAUCCUUGACUUUUGGCUUUCCCUCAUCGUUGUGUCCCAUUCUGUGUCCCUGACCUUGGCAAGUAUUCUGACUAUUCUCUGGUACGUUAAGUCUGGCCAUUAUAAGGCCCGGUAAGACGUUACCUUUUAGUCCUAGGUGUGAUACAGUUCUACGUGCUGGAUCAACUAAUAUUCCUUACAAAAGGAUGGAUGGAUGACAGGAGCUGAAAAGUAGAUAAGAUAUGUAGAUAGACUGACAGAAGGUAAGAUAUUAGAUAUUGAUAAAAUCAUUACAUAGAUUGAGUCUUUAUAGGAAAAAGUGUCGAAACAUUUCCUUACAUUUAUAAUUAGAUUGAAAAAAUAAGUUUGACUUUUGACCGGGCUCUUUGGGUACAUGCAGUUAAGUGCAUUCAUAAUAAAAUGUUGCUUAGUGUGAGGAUUUUUCAGUUGUUUAAUAAUACUAGUGGAAAUGGGAAAAAUGGGAGUAAAAUCUACUUUUACAAACACUGUCAUCACAGUCAUUAGACAACUUUAUUACUGAGGGGAGUGCUCAACAUCUUUUUAGCCAAUAAUUAAAACUAGUGACUUCUAGAGUACUGUGAUGGACCGCCUGGCACCCCGACUGGGUACCUCCGUCAAUCGCUGCAUUCUAGUACUUGUGAGCACCAUAAGCACUGUACUGGAACACCAUAACCACUUUUAUCUCUCCGUCCUCAACCCACCCUGGACCCAAGACCAGGAUCCAACUUCCAGUGGGUAGACCUCUCUCUAGCCCAGAGAGCGUAGCAGGAACAGCUCUUAUAAGAGCUAGUGAUUAUACUCAGGGGAGCCACACUGGUCUUUUAUGCAAGUCCCCAAGCAAGGUGUAUGACCUUGUUAGGUCACAGGGACACAAACUUACAAACCAAUAAUAACACAUUUACAAUGUAAGGCACUCCCAUACAUAGCACACAAUCCCACCCCUAUGCUUGGGAGAUAAUUGGAUGAGUAACUGUACUAAUUCUAAUCCAAUUAUCUCAGAGCACAGAAAAAACAUACUUUUUUAAAACACCCCAAAAGUACCCUAAAAAUACAUUCAACCCCACAAUCCCCUGAUAGCCCUGAUGUGGGUGACCAACAUAUCCAUAAAUCACCCAGAUCAGUUCAGGGGUUAGGGAAUUUCCUGGAAGUCUUAUUUUUGACCGACCGUGCAUAUGGUCCUAUGCCCAAAACAGUUCCAGGGAAUCAGGGCUAACGAUCAGUCUUUCUGCCUGGAGUAAAUAAGUAAAUAACUCACAUGAACAGAGCCUUUUCAAGUGCAUUGGGCAAGGUAUAUUGCAGGGCCCAUAGUCCUGAGGCAAGAGGCUCCAAGAACCUGUGACAAGGUUACUUUCGUCACAAGUAUAUUUUGUUGUUGCUUAUGUACUGGGUUAGCGAAUACUUGAAGAAAUCAUACCAGAUGAAGUUAAACCCUGCAUUAAACAGGGAAACAUUGUUUCCACUGUUGGUGAGUAUACCUGACACCCCUGCGUAUUGAGACUGAAGGAUAAUUUAUAUUAGAGUGCUAGGGCCCAAUGAAAAGAAGAGCAGGAAAUUGUAAAUUUCUUUGUUCAUAUUCCACUAAGUCAAAAAGUCCCAACAUAUUCUAGCCCUGAUACAACUUCCUCUUCAUCCCUUUUCCAGGCCAAAUAGAAAACAGCUUUGAUAUCAAGUAUAACCACUUUGGGAAGGCAGAUGACUCCUAUCCCAUAAGUCCUCUCCUGCCUGUAUCCCAUUAUCUCGUACACAUACAGAAAUUCCCGCUAGCUACAUCUAUAAGCCCAGGAGUUUGCAAUAAAUGUUAUGCUAAAACACAUUUUAUGCUAAAACACAUUAUUUGGCAUAGAAGCAAUUGUACCUCCCAGUUACUAAUCAGACAGCUGGGAGGGUGCUUUUUCUGCUUUGUGCCCCAGUGCAAAGCAGAUGUCUUUGCUUCUCUAUGAGAAGAAUUGCAGCAGGAACUGUGCAUCGAUUGCUGAUCAUGUGGCCAGCAUUUCAGUGCUUCACUUUGAGAAGUAUCAAACUGACUGGGAGAUCAUCGACUCUGAUGAUUUUCUGGUAGGAGGAGCACAUGCCCAUUAAGGCUAUUGAGUUCUUAUUGUUUUGCUCUCACGUACUUGGUGCAUACAUAUUUAUUUACCUUAAUCAAUUAUGCCAACAGGUGGUAAUUACCAUCAAACUAAUAUACAGGUUAAAGUACAAUCAUUAAGUGAAACAGAAACAAUUGUGUAGGAGCAAUAAAACUGGGUGAGGAACAGCCAAACUCUGCUAACAUGGUGAGGUUGCUGAAUGCAGUUCUAUGUCAAAAGUUAUACACUAUGGCAAGACUGACACAGGAAUAAGACACAAGUUAGUUACACGGCAUCAGCAAAGGCUUUCCUAGGCAUGCCAUUACAAGGCAGAUAGGUGUUUCCAGAGUUGCUAACCAAGUUCUGCUGAGGAAGCACAAAUAUGGUAGCAUGGAGGACUGUAGCUACAGUGGUUAGGCAAGGGAAUUUAGUACAGCAUGUGAAAGACAUAUCAUAUUUACUUUGCAACUGGAAGAUGUCCAGCAUUUCCAUCAGCUUAAAAUUAGCAGAAACCAGGGAGACAUCUAUUAUCUGUUAAAAUGUGGUCAGAAGUGGUCUUUAUGGAAGACUUGUGGCCAACAGACAUACUUUUGAUGUGGAAACAAGACCACUUGGACUAUGAGAAUACAGGAACUGCAGUGCCAAAAUAUCAGCAGGUGCUUGUAACGGAUCGCCUGGAACCCGACUGGGUACCUCCGUUUGAAGGAUGCUCCUAGUGCUUCCCGAGGGCUCCAAGCACUCCGAACCACCGCAGCUUGGUUGGGGUCUCGCCAUCUUCCUCCUUCUCUGGGCCCAAGACCAGGGACCAGCUUGCAGUAGGUAGACCUCUCCUAAAACCAGAGAGCAAGAACAGGAACAAGCUCUUACAAGAGUUUACUCUGUGGAGUAUAGUGAUUAUAGCAAUCGCCAGAGUGUAGGUAGUUCUCAAAUCCCCCAAACAUAAGACGAAACUUCAUGAAGGGAAGAACAAGUCUCUUUAAUGAGCACAAAGGCAUUUCUUUUAUACACAUUUUGCCUACAAGAUUAUCACCCAUGUGGAUCUUGUGGAGCACAAGACACAAAGGACACAAACCAAUCAAAACGAUACAAUAAUGUCCGACACUCCCACAUACAGCACACAAGCCCUCCCCUCUGCCUGGGAUAUAAUUAAAGUAGUACAAUAAUCUAAUUAUCCACAGGCAGAAAAACACACAUUUUCCCCAAAGUCUAGAAAGCACCCCAAAACACAACACAUCCCCAUUAUACAUCCAUAGAUAGCCCUGAUCUGGGUGAGCAACCUAUCCAAAAAUCACCCAGAUCAGAGCAGGGGUUCAAAGUUUUUGUGGAAGUCUCUUUUGACUGACCUAGGGUAAUAGGAUUGGUAUUGGGCUUGUUUCUUACUAGUCUGUACUAAUCUUCUUAUUGAUUUCUAUGUUGAGUUAUGCCCUAAGUACCCCACAACAAUUACAGACUCGGUGUUAGAUUCUCUUUCAUCGUGUUUGCAUAUUUAUCGAAUCUGAAUACAAGUUGCUAUCUUUCUGGUAAAGAAUGCUUCAGGUGAUGCAUGCGAUUGUGCUGACCAUUGAUGAGGGCUGCUGAAGAUGCUGAUGGGAGGUGGAGCAUGUGUGUAUGGGGGGGCAGUAUGUGUGUAUGGGGGACAGUGUGUGUGUGUGUUUGGGGCAGUGUGUGUAUUGUAUGUGUGUGUGGGGGCAGUGUGUGUAUGUGGGGGAGUGUGUGAUGUGGGGGCAGUGUGUGUAUGGGGGCAGUGUAUGUGUGUGUGUAAGUGUGUGUAUGGGGGCUGUGUGUGUGUGUGUGUGUGGGGGCAGUGUGUGUUGGGUGGCAGUGUGUGUGGGGGCAGUGUGUGGGGCAGUGUGUGUGUGGGGGCAGUGUGUGUGGGGGCAGUGUGUGUGGGGGACAGUGUGUGUGUGGGAGACAGUGUGUGUGUGGGAUACAGUGUGUGUAUAUAGGGGACAGUGUGUGUAUGGGUGGCAGUGUGUGAGUAGGGGCAGUGUGUGUAUGGCGGAGAAUUAUUGUGGGUCUGUGGGGUUGAAGGGUGAAUUAAUAAAUUAAUCUUUUUUUUAAUUAAUAAAAAAUUAUAAUUUUGAUAUCCCAUUAUACAGCAUGGGAAAAUUCCAAAGAACUUCCCCAGGCUGUGUAGAAUGAUUACAGAGCAUUCUGAUUGGUUGGAUUUCAAGCCUGGAUUACCUCUCAGUCGCUUAAACCAACCAAUCAGAGCGCUUUGAGUGCAGGGCAUGGGAAGGCUUUACAAGCUCAGUCGGCGCCGUACCCUCCAAGGCUGAAGAUGGAUAAUUUUUUACCGUCUAGAUUUAUUUUUUCUGUCUUAUUUUUUUUUCGCCAUUUUAUUUUUUUUUACGUUCAAGUUUUUUAUUUUAUUUUCAAAGUUCGACGGGUACUAUAGAUUUUUAUUUCACCUUUUUUGGGGCUGAAAAAUAGAAGGUUUUUAGAAAAAAAAAUAUAUCAAAUGGUAAGUUUGUUUUAUUUACAAGUAUUUAGUUUUCUUGUUCCCCCCUUUCUAUUUUAAGGGUGAGGGGGUAGGUAGGAAUUUAUUUACUUUUUUGGGGGUGGGGGGUGACUAGGGGCUUGGGGAUUCCUAGUCACCCGGGGGGUUCAUUUAGCACCCACACGCCACUCAUGGGUGGGGGUCAUGGGGAGGAGGACUAUUGGUCCCUCAUUGUUGUUUAAAGCCCUCACCUGUUGCCCAUGGAUGUGGCCCUGGGGGGAGAACAAUAAGUCCAAACCCCCCUUUUCAUUUAGGGCCCUACCUUCUGCUCAUGGGUGAGGGCCGGGGGGAGGACAAUAGGUUCCACCCUUAUUGUAAUUUAGGGCCCCUACCCACCACUCAUGGGUGGGGCCAGAGGAAGGACAAAAUUAUUGUAAUUUAGGGCCGCCACCCGCCGCUUAUGGGUGGGGGCUGGGGGGAGAACAAUAGGUUCCCCCCUUAUUGUAAUUUAGGGCCCCCACCUGCUGCUCCAAGGCCCCCACCCGCUGCUCAUGAGUGGGGGCUGGGGGGAGGACAGUAGUUCUCCCCACCAUUUUCAUUCAGGGCCCUCACCCACCGCUCAUGGGUGGGGGUCAGUGGGGAGGACAACGGGUCCCCCCCAUUUUCAUUUAGAGCCAUCACACAUCGCUCAUGGGUGGGAGUAGGGGGGGACACACUAGGUCCCCCCUUUAGUUUAAUAGCCCCCACUCGCAUGGCACGGAUGGGUAUUCAGGAGGGGGAACACUAGGGUUUUUUUGUUUUUUUUUACAGUGAGCAGCCACUGUUUGCUCACUGUUUAGUAGACAUGUCCCUACUCACGGCAUAGCGAGAAGGGGCGUUUGGGAGAUUUCAAUCUCCCUUAUGCUAUUAUGGGGGUAAUAUUGACCCCAUAGAGUGAGGGAGGACAUGGAGCCGGUAGCUCCCUCCUUGUAAUAAAGCAAACGAAUGAAUGGAUAGGUCUUCAUUCAUUCAUUUGAAAUUUCUAUUCAUUUAUUUGUCUUUCUGACAAAUUAAUGAAUAGAUGAAAUUCCCGUUUGCAUUAACUGGGCAUGCGCAGGAAUUUCAUAGCGCUAUCUAAUGUGGGCAGAUGACGUGUCCCACAGGGCCUUCAUCUACCCACACAAAGAUGGCAGUGCCCAGGACCUAGGUCCGGGCAUGAAAUAAAGAUUUUAAAAAAUAGGUAAUAUGGGGGGCUUAGGGGCAUUUGGGGGUAACUAGUGGGACAAAACAAAAUAGUGGAGUUGGGAGGAGGAGUUAAAAAAAAUGUGAUUCGGCCAUGACAGGCCAGCUUUAAAGGAACACUAUAGUCACCUAAAUUACUUUAGCUAAAUAAAGCAGUUUUAGUGUAUAGCUCAUUCCCCUGCAAUUUCACUGCUCAAUUCACUGCCAUUUAGGAGUUAAAUCACUUUGUUUCUGUUUAUCCAGCCCUAGCCACACCUCCCCUGGCUAUGAUUGACAGAGCCUGCAUGAAAAAAACAAAACUGGUUUCACUUUCAAACAGAUGUAAUUUACCUUAAAUAAUUGUAUCUCAAUCUCUAAAUUGAACUUUAAUCACAUACAGGAGGCUAUUGUAGGGUCUAGCAAGCUAUUAACAUAGCAGGCAUAAGAACAUCUUAAUUAAACAGAACUUGCAACAAAGAAAGCCUAAAUAGGGCUCUCUUUACAGGAAGUGUUUAUGGAAAGCUGUGCAAGUCACAUGCAGGGAGGUGUGACUAGGGUUCAUAAACAAAGGGAUUUAACUCCUUAAUGGCAGAGGAUUGAGCAGUGAGGCUGCAGGGGCAUGUUCUAUACACUAAAACUCCUUCAUUAAGCUAAAGCUGUUUAAUAGACAUUUACCUAUUUUGAGAUUGACAUAUAUAAGGAAACUGAAUUAAGGAGCUUUCUACUAAACAGUUGAAAGUUUAAAAUUCCUAAAUUUGAAUGAUCAGCGGUUUAAUAGAUUGCACCCUAAUUUGGUAUCCUUAUACAUGGAAAUUCCACAUAAGGAUACCACAUUAGGGAGUUAUCUACUAAACUACUGAAGUUUAAAAUAAAUAAGGGAUUUUGCAAAGUGUAGUAUUUGAGCAGUUUAAUAUAUAAUUCCCUAACUUUGUAGCCUUACGUGGAAUUAAAUUUUGAUCUUUCAGCUGUUUAGUAGAUAGGUCCUUACUUUUGUUUCCUGAUAUAUAGCAAUCCCUGGAUACCAAAUCACAAGAUUGUCUAUUAAACUAUUAAACUGAUCAAAGAUGAAAAAAAUCUAUUUUCUUAAUUUUAAACUUUCAGCAGUUUAAUAGAUAAUUCCUUAACUUUAUAUUCUUAUGUGGGAUUAGCAUAUACACGGAUACCAAAGUAAGGAUAUAUCUAUUAAACAGCUGAAAGUUUAAAAAUAAAUACAGUUUGACCUUUCAGCUGUUUAGUAGACAUUAACUCACUUCCAUCCAGCACUGCUGAUCUGACAGGAACCUGGUCGGGCUGUAAUAAAAAAAUAAAUAAUCAUAAUUAAAAUAAAUAAAUAAUAAUAUUUUAAAACAUACAUAUAUAUAAAUGAAAUUAACAUGUAUGCCCAUAUCUGUUCUCAGACCACUAGGUGGCACUUGAACACAACAUUAGCUUACUUUCAGAUUACAUUUUAGAAAUGUAGUAGUAGAAAGACUUCAGUAAAGUAUCUCAAACAUGCAUCAUUGAGCUCAACAGGAAAUGUUAAAGAAUAUAAACAUUUGUAUGUGUGUGUGUCAUUAUAUCUUAAUGCUAAUGGCCAUAUUUCCAUGGACUUUAAUGGAGGAAUUGGUAUUCGGCUAAGAGAAUCCAGACAAUUUUUUAAAUUCAAAUUGAAAAAUUAAGCCUCAUAACAUAUAAAGUAGAAUUAUUGGUUUAUUUAUUUAGGGCUAGUUAUUAAUCAGUCUAAGCUGAAUAUUAAUCAGAUUUUUUUUAAAAUUCUUUAUUUUUGUGUGCAAAAUAGAACAAGCACUAGUACUGAGACAUUUCAGAGAGUAUGCUAUAAGAGAUAACAUAAGUGUAACAAUAAAUGUCAAUAGGUCUGCACAUUUUUAAAUAUGGAAAACACAAGUCAGAGUAAUGUCUGAGCGUAAACUAAACAGAUUGGGUUAAAUAGUAUUAAGCAACUUCGCUAGAUACACCACAUAGUAUUAAAGAUCAGACUAGGUCAUGUAGCUAAAAACAAUUAGAUUUAUGGUCCCCAGGAGGCUCCCUUAUGGUUAUAUGUAAAGGAACCACGCAGGGCAAUGUAGGAUAUGUAAGUAACUAAUAGGGUAAACAAUAUUGCUGUUUAGGCUAAGCCUUAUAAGGAGGGAGCGGUAUAUAUAUAUAAAGCAAAUGACCCAUCAGAGUCUGUACAAUAGGCUAUGAAGGGGCUCAAUGCGGGUGGAGAUUCACUCCUGUAUUACCGGUCAGCCCACGCCUUGUACAGGCAAAACACAGUCCUCUACAGAUGGGGUGUGUACCUUGGGCUAGGUGAUCCACUUGGAGAUGGAUACUUAUUUUCAAAUUGGAGGUUUCGUGGGCUCAUGUGUGCCUGCACAGGUGCUUGCGAGAUCCAGGGAACUGACUUCUUGCACUUGUUACCUCUCGUGAAUCUCGUAGUCACCAACCUUCUGAUGGGCUCCUGUCGGCCCCCGUCUUUCCGGGCGGGCCAGGGUAGGAGAUGUUGGGGUGGUCUUCCUGUCAUCCUUAUAAGGGGGAUUCAGUUGUAAGGCUUACUCUUCGUUACUACAGGGUGUAGGCAUGCUUUCAGAUUGUCCCAGAAAGCUCGAAAGGUCCUGUCGAGCCGGAUCUCCAUCUCAGACCUCUAACAUCCUGGGCUGAAGGAGAAUGCAUCCUCCGCCAUUUUGAGUGACGAGUUGCUGCUUGAAUCAUGCUCCACAAACACUGUCGUGCUCUUGCCAGGUUGCGGACCAGGAUGACCCCCGCCGGUCCAGAGGGGGACACAACGUGAGCCAUGUUUCAGGAUUCCAGCUGUGUGUGUCAGCGAGGGAGCGACCGUCUCCAUUGCACCGACCAAGCUUGUAGCCCUCAUGAGCAGGUCAGGUGAGCAUUUCUUUAAACUUCGCUUGUGUGGUAUCGUUGUGUGCACCGCAGUGUUACUUCACGCCAGGUGGCUUUUUUGCAUAGUUUAGGUCUUGUUUGUGUUGCGGAAUUCCAGUUGUUUUGCCUCGUAAAGCAGGAGCUGCCAGAGCUAACGUUCUCUCAGCUCAGCGAUCAGGCCCCGCCCCAAUAUCAAUCGAAUUUAAUAAAACUAAAGGUGAAAUAUAAACAUAUCCGGAGAUUUACCCCCAUAUACAUGUGCAUAUCAUAAUAAUUAUGGUUAGAUGAUCAGGGGCGUUUCUGGAAUAUUUGUUUAUAUCUACUAUGAAGUUUUACAUUUUGAUCGUUUAUUAAAGCAGUUUUAUUCCUUGAAACAUUUGUUGUCAUAGACAUGCUUUAUUUAACAUUCAGGCUCCUCCUCACUUUUUAAACAGGACAUCCCAGAGUAUUUUGUCAAGAACCUGCACAUGUUCAAAAUUUAUUUUCUGCAAGAUGAAGCUGUGGUUGACUUUAUUGCUGCUUAUCUGUGCGACAGGUAAAAGGGACAGAAUGAUUUAUUUUCUUAACUUGUUAAUUGGGAAUAAUGUACACAGUAGCAGUGUAUUAAAUGAAAUAUGCAGAUUGGAUGUGCUUAUUCAGUCAACUAAAUUUAUGUGUUUCUACAUGACAUACAAGAGAUUAAUUUACAUUAGCUACAAGUAAGUUAAUGGUGUUAGAUUGUGUUUACCUAUUUCAUGACAUUAUGUUUUGUUAUUUUCAGGUUUCUCCAGCUCAGACAACGUCACCCAGACCCAAAGCGAAAUAACUGCUGCAGAGGGAAGUCUGGCUCCGUUUUACUGUAAAUAUGAAACACAAUAUAGCAACCCAGAUCUUUUCUGGUACGUGCAUCAGCCAGGCAAGGCCCCUCGUUCUAUUAUUUGGAGAACUGAAUACAGCAAGGUAGAACCGGAACCUGGUACCCGGUAUGCCUCCAAACUGGAUAAAGAAACCACCUCCAUCUACCUGAAGAUUUCUGAUGUCACAGUGUCUGACUCUGGGGUGUAUUAUUGUGCUCUGAGGCCCACAGUGUCUGUGUCUGCAGACUGCACUGUACAAGAAGCUCUGACACACGGCUGAAGCUAUUGUGUGUCCCUUCAUUGAAUAAAUAGAGAGACAGUAGUGUCUGUGUAUAGAAGUCAAAGAAAGAGCUCUAAAGGAAUGCUUGCUAUAAAAAUUCUCACCUUUCACAGGAGAAAGGCAAUAAAAGGAACAGUGGACAUUUGGACAUGUUUAUAUUUGAAGGAUCAACAUGCCAGAAUGGUGUAUUAUCCAAACAUGCUGGCAUGGUUAACUAAUAAAUUGAGAAAUGCCAGGAAUUCAAAGGGAGUUUAAAAUUUAAGGCCAAGAUAGCCAAACUGAAAACAGAAUUGAUUUGGAGAAUGUUUCUAAAUCAUCUAUUUUUGCCUUUAUUAUGAAAUUCACUUUGAAUUCUGAGCAGUUCUCACUGUAGCGAAUAACUCUGUCAGUGUUAAAUGAAUUAAAAAUGGUUUUAAUUCACUUAACACUGACAGUUUGAGAUUUAUAAUUGAAAUGACUGAAUUACUUUAUAUACUGUAAAACAUGCACUCAUAUUGCUCUAUCUUUCUAUCUAUCUAUCUAUGUAUCUAUCUAUAAACCCUAUGACCCAUAUAAACCUCUUCAACUUGCCUAAUAUCAUGUAGAUCAGGGGUGCCCAAAAGGUAAUUCCCCAGAUGUUGUAGAAAUACAACUCCCAUGAUGCUUUCCAUGCCUUUAGAAUGCCUUUAGAUGACUAAGCAUCAUGAGAGCUGUAGUUUUAAAAUAUCUGAGGAUUUACCUUUUGUGUGCCCCUGAAGAUCCUCUGUGUGCUGCUAAAACAGCUCUAACACAUCGAUGCAUGGACUCUGAAUGUGUUGUGUGGUAUCUGGCACCAAGAUAUUAGCAGCAGAUCCUUUAUGUGCUGUGUCGGAUUUGUUUUUACAGCACAUUCAAUAGAUACUUAUCAAAUUGAAAUCUGGGAAAUUUGGAUGACAGGGCAACACCCUGAACUCUUUGUCAUGUUCCUCAAACCAUUCCUGAACAAUUUUUGCUGUAUGAAAGAGUGCAUUAUCUUGUUGAAAGAGGCGACACCCAUCAGGGAACACCUUUGCCAUGAAGGGGUGAGCAUGGUCUUUAACCAUCUCUAGUUAGGUGGUACGUGUUUAAUGUGCUGCUUGGCCUUCAAAUUCCCCGGUUCUCAAUCCGAUUAAGCAUCUGUGGCAUGUGAUGUACCAACAAUCCAAUCCAUGGAGGUCCCACCAUACAAUUUGCAGGACUUAAAGUGUGUACAAUAAAAUGCCUGCAGGGACAGGCUAUAUAGAACUGAACCACUACAUUAGGCUGUAGUGGUUCUGGUGACUAUAGUGUCCCUUUAAAGUAUCUGCUACUAAUGUCUUGGUGACAGAUACCACUGGACAUUUUAGAUGUCUUGUGUAGUUCAUGACCUGCGCAUCAGAGCUAUUUUGGCAUCAUGAAGACCUGAACAAUAUCAGACACAUGUUUUUAAUGCUCACGUGCAUUAGGCUUCCUGUCAAGGCUGCUAGUGUGGUCCAACACGCAGAAACUAUGUAAACAUAUACAUACAAAAGAAAAGGAAAAUAAAAGGACAGAGCGUAAACCGGACCUUAGAAUAGCCGGAUUAAUACGAUAAUAGAUAGAGAAUGGUCAAAGGGAAAGCCGAGGUCAAGGAAGCCAGAAAUACUCAAAUACCGUUUAAACAAGCCAAGUCAGGGGAACCAGAAUUGGGAAUAACCAGGGAAAAGCCAAGAUCAGGAUACCAGGAAAUCAGAUUCACAAAGAAAAACACACUCUCGGGAACCAGGAACAGGAAACCACGACAGGGCAAGGAGCUAGAGUGAAUUAGGGUUUUAAAUAUCCCUCUCUGGUUUCUGAUUGGUCAGAGGGUGAAAAACCUAAAAAUAAGUGGAUUGCAUAAUUUAACUCAGUUCAAAGCUAGAAUAAAGUGACUGUGACCUUGAAAAAGCGAUACUGUGUCGAGAUUGCCUUGACUGGAGCUGAAUUGAUGCAGGUGCAUCAAUAUUGGAGCAACGUUAUUGAAUUGACAUGGUGAGUGUACUCUAUUUUUGAUGCAAGGAUCUAGAGGGAUGGCACAAUCUUGAUACAGUGGCAUCAAAAUCAGAAGGUUGCCUUACAAAUAUGCUUCAACCGGAGUUAAACUAUUUAAUAAAACUAUAAAAUAAUAUUUUUAAAAAACAUUAGGACAUUGUUUAGUAAUGCAAGAUGUUAAAUAUCCUUUCUGAAAUAACAGGUAUAUUUUCUUUUUACCAGAGAUUGUGGAUGGAAAACUUAGAGCAUUGGAAACAUAGAUUAUUCAGCUUUAAGUACUAUUAUAUACAUCAGAUAUUAAAUUAUACAAUAUUUAAACAUUUUAAUGACUGGUCUUGUUCGGCAGUAUGUUACUUUAUAUCUAAAUACUAAGGAUUUACUUAUUAUGCGUUAUAUCUUCUUAUUUAUUCCGAAAUAAUUUUUGUAAUUAAAAGUGUUUAGUUUUGUGUAAUUGUCACAUUUAGGUUGGAUUUAAUGUGUCCUUUCACCUUGGUACAAAACUAGAGUAAUUUCAGAUAAAACUGCAAUUCACCUGAAUUUGUACUGACUGGGUGUUUCCAUGGAAUAUACCAAAAUUAUGUACUAAGCAAGCUGCGUAAUGCCAAACAUUUUCUGAAAAGGGGGGUUUAUCUACAUUCUAAAUUCUACUCAUGGCAUCACAAAAAAAAAAAAAGAGAUGAUUGAUAAAAAUAAUGAUGAUUGAUGGCUAGGAGACAUUCACUAAAUGUUGAUUUUAUUUACAGAUCAAGUGAGAAGUGAGCAACAGAUGAAAAACAUGAAGAACAGUUAAAAAACAAAACUAUAUAUAUAGUUUAUUUCUGUUUUUAACUCUAUUGAUUACUUUUUCUCAGUUGAACUAUGUCAGUAUAAUGCAGAACCUAAGUUAACCAAACUAAGAGUCGACAGACACAGGAGAAUGUUUAUUACCAGGCCUUAGAGUGUCCGGCCUUAAUGCAAAUAUAAAGUAGUAUAGAACAAGCCAAGGUUUGGGAGACAGAAAAUAGCAAAUACGACAAGAGGGCCAAAGGUCAUGGACAAUAGAAUGGAGAAUAAUCAAGUAGGUCAGAAAAGCCUUUGAGUAUCACUAGGAAAAAUACAGUUUUAGAUAACCUCUAAAAGGACACCAUGACAGGACAUAGUGCAACAUCUAAUGAGGGUAUGCAUAGCUUUAAGUGGGCAGAGAUUGGUUUAUUUGACCCCUAUGACGUGCACACAUGUCCAAGUAAUCACCUUGGCCUGAACAGGCAGAGCCAUAAAAAUGUUACAAUAUGCAGCGACUGGCGUUAGACUGGACGCCAGAAGGAGAAGCUCUCUCACUGGAGAAGGAUGGAUUUGGUACAUAGGGACACUCCUCCGAUCCUCUCACAGGGCGAGCGCACUCACAACUGAUGAACCAAAUCAUGGGAAAAUGCUCCUACCAGUGUCUGAAAAAAUAAAUUAACACUGUGUGUUUUUCAGCACAGUGAAUGGUUCAAUUAUGUGCCUUUUUAGUUUGGCCUUCUGAGUUACCUCCCAAAUGGGUAUUUGGCUGAGCAGAAUCAACAUCUGCCCAAAUUUAAGGUGUCCCAAAAUAUUUUCUAUCUACAAAAAAAUUAACUGACAUUUUUAACUGUGCACACGUCUAUAGUUGUUGCCAGCAUGAUACAGUAUAACUUUUUUAUUAAAGGAAUACUCUAAGAACCAAAAUAACUUUAGGCUUAAUGAAGAAUUUUAGUAUAUAGAUCAGGUCCCUGCAGGGGUUAAAUCACUGUGCUUAUGUAGUCCUCAGCCACACUUCCCCUGGCUGUAACUCACACAGCCUCCAUGAAAAAAAUGGUUUUAUUUUAUUUAGAUGUGACAGCUCAGUGUGUUUAACUUAUAAGUUUUCAUCUCCUGCCCUUUUAAUUGAACUUUAAUCACACAGCUCUAGCAGGCUAUUAAUAGAGCAGGAUCUAUGACAUUCUAAACAGACUCUGCAAUAAAGUUUAUACGUUAGAUCUCUCUUACAGGAAAUGUGUAGGUAGAUUCUUUAUGCGUGGAAUGUGGCUAGGGCUGCAAAAACAACAUUUUUAACUCCUAAAUGGCAUAGAACUGAGCAGUUGUACUGUGGGGGCAUGAUCUACACACUAAAAUCACUCUUAUCUAAAGUUGUUUUGGUGCUCAUAGUGCACCUUUAAUUAAUGUACUUUUUUAUGAGUGUAAAGAUCCUAUUGAAUAUGUGUUAUAAGAAUGUAAAGCUUCUAUAUUUGAAAACUCCUAUGUUUGUGUGAAACUGUUUGCACAGUGAUCACCAUUCUGUUUUGUGGUCUGAAUAAUAAUUAUUUAAAAUUAAUUUUAUAAAUUUGUCCUUAGUUACUUCACUUUUGUAAUGACAGCAGAAGCAUUUUUAUUGGAUGGCCGCUAGGUGUCACUAGUCAGCAAAAUGUUUUCUUGCAAAAUAUAAAUAAGGGGUAAGAUCAGGAACGCUGAAUAUUGUAUCCUAGGAGUGUAAUGCCAUUAAGGUGAUCUGGAGAAACCAAAAUGAACGACAAGAGAUUUAUGAACAUCUUUAAAACCCUGAGAUGUGAAUAAAGGUUAGAGGUAGAGUUAUUAGAGGUAAAGCUAGGUUAAGGUUAGAGCUAAAGACAACUCUAUCCUGAAAUGCAUGCUGAAGACAAAAAUUAAGUCAGAAUUACCCACGAACAAACAACAACCGAAGACAACUACAGCAAAGUGUAAUAAUGAACAUUUUAUUAAUGAUUGUGUUAAUUAGUUCAAUUACAUUUGAAUCUUUGAAAUAAGGGGAUUGUGAAGGAAAAGUUUGCAAUUCCUAAACGUUUCAUAUUUCUGUUCAACCCAUUAAAUUAAAGCUGAAAGUCUGCAUCUCAAUUGCAUCUCAGUUGUCAAUUGUGGUGGCGUACAGAGCAAAAAUUCAGAAAAUGAUAUAUAUAUGCACACACACUUGCACAGCUUAGAACGGAGUGCAUAUGGGAUAGCAAUGUAUAUAUGUAAGAGGAUUCCAGACUAUGUGAACAUGUUCAGGGAUAGUAUUUAUUUACACUUUUUCUUUUAUGUAACUUCAUAAUUUAGUAAAAACAUUUUUUAAAGUUUUUCUGAUCAACACAAAUAUUCUUUUUGGUUCCAUUAAAUAAAAAAUGAAGUGUGCAAUGAAAUGUACAUACAUUUUUACAUUACUUCCUGGUACACCUAAAAUACAGGGUGGUGUCUCUGCGGAUAUUUUUUGUGUGUGCAAAUGGCUUGGGAUUGAAGGGGUUAAGUGAUGUUAGGUAUGCCAUCAGUAGAUUGAAACAUUUCCUCUUUUAAUGUUUGUCACAGAUUUCAUGAGAACCCACCCUGUACAGAACAGCCCUGUUGGAUGUGGUACUUUAAAUCAUCCUAGACACGCCUCCCAAUUCCCUGUAUAAAGCCUCUUGAAAGACCUGAAGACCUUUCUUAGAAUGAGGCUGUGGUUAAUGUCAGUGCUGAGCAUUUGUCUUUUAGGUAAGAAAGACACAGUUUGGUAGAAAACAGAUUUCUCUGAU